AUGACGUCUCCUAUCUCAGAUCUCUUUACCAACACAAUCAUUAUUACUCCUACCGCACUUCUCGUUCUCACUACCAUCUUGACAGUUCUCUGGUUCCUCUUCAAGCGCUCGCCACAACCGCCUCUACCACCUGGACCGCGAGGGUUACCUAUUGUCGGAAACCUCCCAUUUCUUGACGCGGACCUUCACACAUACUUCACAACUAUCGCUCAGAAACACGGUCCGAUCUUCAAACUCAAACUCGGCUCAAAACUAACCGUUGUUGUGAACUCUCCAUCGCUGGCUCGAGAGAUCUUGAAAGACCAAGACAUCAAUUUCUCAAACCGAGAUGUCCCUCUCACUGGCCGGGCCGCUACCUAUGGUGGUCUCGACAUAGUUUGGCUACCAUACGGUUCUGAAUGGAGAAUUCUCAGAAAACUUUGCGUUAUCAAGCUUCUUAGCCGCAAGACUUUGGAUUCUUUCUACGAGCUUCGACGCAAAGAAGUCCGUGAAAGAACGAGAUUUUUAUACCAGCAAAGUCAAGAAAAAUCGGCGGUGAAUGUCGGAGACCAACUGUUCUUGACGAUGAUGAAUCUAACGAUGAAUAUGUUGUGGGGAGGAUCGGUGAAAGCGGAGAAUAUGGAGAGCGUUGGAGCAGACUUCAAAGGAGUCAUUUCUGAGAUGAUUAGGCUUUUGGGUGAGCCUAAUGUUUCGGAUUUUUUUCCUUGGCUAGCUAGAUUCGAUCUUCAAGGGCUUGUGAAGCAGAUGCGUGUGUGUGCUCACGAGCUCGAUGCCAUAUUCGAUGGAGCCAUCGAGCAGAUGCAAAAGCUAGGACGUAAAGAUGAUGAUAAAUGCAAAGACUUUUUGCAACAUUUGAUGAAGUUAAAGGACCAAGAAGUUAAUUCGGAGACUCCCAUUACAGUUAACCAUGUCAAAGGCGUACUUACGGAUAUGGUGGUUGCUGGUACUGAUACCGCUACAAACACAAUAGAGUUUGCGAUGGCCGAGCUUAUAAGCAACCCAAAGCUGAUGAAGAGAGCGCAACAAGAGCUAGACGAAGUUGUAGGAAAAGAAAACAUUGUUGAAGAAUCACACAUCACUGAACUUCCUUACAUACUAGCCAUAAUGAAAGAAACACUUAGACUUCAUCCAACCAUUCCUUUGUUAGUCCCUCACCGUCCAGCUGAAACUGCCGUGGUGGGCGGUUACGCUAUCCCUAAAGAUACUAAAGUUUUCAUCAAUGUUUGGUCUAUCCAAAGAGACCCAAACGUGUGGGAGAAUCCGACUGAGUUUCGUCCCGAGAGGUUUCUUGAUAAUCAGUCUUGCGAUUUUACUGGAACUGAUUACAGCUUUCUUCCAUUUGGAUCUGGCCGGAGAAUUUGCGCUGGUGUAGCACUCGCUGAGAGGAUGGUUUUGUACACUCUUGCGACGCUAUUACAUUCGUUCGACUGGAAGAUUCUGGAAGGAUGUGUGUUGGAUUUGGAAGAGAGGUUUGGGAUUGUCUUGAAGCUCAAGACCCCUCUUGUUGCCUUGCCGGUUCCGAGGUUGUCCGACUCGAAUCUUUAUCAAUAGAUACUAAGAUCUUUGUAUUUAGCAUUUCUUAUUCAAAACCAAAAGAGUAUUAAUUGCUUUCUUUCAGAGGUAAAGUACUAUGUACUCUGUGUUCUCUAACAAGCCCCUCAUUUUUAUGGGUCUACUCUUAAAAUAAUGUGAUGAUUCUCAACAAUCA